AUGGCCUCCACCUCGUCCGAAACCCACCUCCGGGCCCCUGCGCCCCACCUGUCCCCAACGCCCCCAACCGACCGCGCGACCCGCCUCGUGCUGCCCCCCGCCCCCGACCGCGCCGCAGACGGCGCCCGCCACGACAGCCCCGUCGCCGCCGCAGUCGCCUCUCCCCACGACGCCGUCCUCGCCGACCUGCUCGCCGGUGGCCCAGGCUCGCGAGACGUCCCCGGCCACGCUCGCCCAGAGGGUCUGCGCUCCGCCCCGAGGCUCGGCGUGCUCGCGGGCGCGCCCUCGGUGUCGCGCACCGCGAGCCCGUCCGCCGGCGCGCGCUCCGCGGCGUCCUCGCCCGGCGGCGCCGCGCACGAGCCGCUCUUCGACCCGUUCUCGGGCGCGCCCGUCGGCGUCGUCGUCCCCAAGAGGCACGACGAGCACGAGAGCGCGCCGGGGCCGAGCCCGCAGUUCGACCGGCGGCGGGACGAGCUGUGGGCGCGCCUGGCGAGCAUCCGCGAGCUGCAGAGCGACGUCGCCGGCCUCCACGUCCAGAUGGAGGGCAUCGGCCUCGGCGACGGCGGGCGCGGCGGGAAGCGGGCGCCGGGCGCGGGCGUCGGGCGCGUGCACUCGGACACCAUCCCCGUCGCCGGGGACGAGUGGGGCGUCGACGACGACGGCGACGGCGCGGAGGGCGCGGAGAAGCGCGCGCGGGGUGCCGAGUUCACGAACCUGGCGGAGACGUUCAAAGGCCGACGUGAGGCGAUCGACGCCAUCAUGGGCAAGCUCGGCGAGCUCUCGGAUGCGCUCACCACCCGGAACGCCACCAAGGAUUCGAUGCUCGCGUCGCCUGACCUCGCCAUUGCGACCUCGCCGGCCAGCACCGUUGCCUCGCCGUCGCCCGAGUUCACGUCUUCGAUCCCCAAGUUCGUGCUCACGCACGAGGCCGACCGCGGCGUCAUCCACGACAGCCCGAUCUCUGCCUCCGGCGAGCUCUCAAACGGCCACCCACACGGGACGCCGUCUCUCUAG